CUACACUAGCAUACCUUCUGCGGGUUGUACAUGUUGGUUAUUUGCCUUAAUACAGCCUGUAAGCAAACUACCUAAAACAUUACAUGAAUACGAAUCCUCAACUGGGAUGUUUAUAAUGCUUGAAACGGCCCUAACAGCAGCUUGACCGUCCCCGCCAGCGGUCCAGGUGUUGCAGGAAGGUGCAGGGAGCGAGGCUGCAGCUCGGUUCCCUUGACAACAGCUGCCUCCGGCCGCUGACGAGUUCGCCUCCAGCCACGAGGCGAACUAGGACCACGACACCCCGCUGUUCAUGUUUCGCCAAGAAGUCGGCGGCGUCGCGUCUCUUAUUCCGUCUUGUUCGUAUCUUUUCCAGCACGAGAAGAGGAAUAUGUCCCGGUAUAACAUUUACAGCCUGCUGGACUGGAUCUACGGCGGGGUGGACCCCAAGUUCGAGGGCAACGGGGGCCCCGAGUGCGCCGCCUUCCUGGCGCCGCGGCAGCGCGUCGGGGAGAGCCUGGUGAUCGUGCUCAUCUCGCUGCUGGAGAUCGCAGCUGCGCUCAGGAACAUCAGGCUGGCCAGGGAGGUCAGGCAGGUCGGCAGGGACUGCGGGAGAGCCAAAGAGGACAGUCUCGGCAAGAACCUGUUGCUGGUGGCUCUUUGCAUGACUUUUGGAGUUGAGGUUGGGUUUAAGUUUGCGACCAAGACUGUGAUAUAUCUGCUCAAUCCCUGCCAUGUCGUGACCAUGGUUCAGAUCUUCCUGCUGGCCUGCCCUCCGUGUAAAACUGCAAUGGUUGUAUUUAGACUGCAGGUCCACAUGUUGAACGGAGCACUACUGGCUUUAAUGUUCCCAGUCGUCAACACCAGACUGCUACCGUUUGAAAAGGAGAUCUACUACAUCCAGCACUCCAUGCUGUACUUGGUGCCUAUUUACCUUUUCAGGAAAGGAGGUGUGUACAAGCCCGAGCCUCUGGGAGACAUGUGGUGGGCGCUGCUCUCCACCGGCAUCCUGUUCCUCUAUCAUUUCCUCUUCCUGCAGGUCCUCGGCCUGGCGACUGAGGUCAACCUGAACAACAUGCUGUGUCCGGCCGUGUCCGACCCGUUCUACGGGCCGUGGUACCGGGUGUGGGCCACGGGCCACCAGACCUUGCUGACCCUCGUCCACGGGAAGUUCCUCACACUCGUCUCCCAACACAGCGGCUCCGUCUGCAGAUACCUGCUGGACACGCUCCGACUCCGCAGCAAGAAAGUCGACUGAAUGUCCAGGAAGAAGCACUCGCAGCCUCUCGCUCCGAAUGCCCUCUCUUAAAAAUGAGAUUAAGAAAAAAAAAACACAAAAAAAGAAAGAAAGUAAUAAAAAAAAAUCAACAUUUUAACGCAUCUUUUAAGACUUUCCCUCUGUUCCGGUGGAAGGAGGGGGCAGUUCGGGGCCAGUGAAUCAGUGUGUCAUACUUGUGUUGUCAUUGGCUUGCAUACGUAUUUGCAUGCACAAACUGUGAUGUGCAUUUCAAAGCUGGUAGUUAGCGUUGUGGGGCUGGCCGGCUUUCGCUGGAAUAAAACUUCCAGUCGUGUCGGUGGGUCUGCGGGAGAUUUCUCAAGCUGCCUUAAAGAGUAGACUUCUGAGGGCAGGAAUGGAGGGUCCCCCACAUGUCACUGAUCUGCAGUCGUUACACCUUCAGUUCUUAACGUGGUAGUUGCAGUAGAUCGUGCGUCGGUGGGAAAAAGCUGUCAUUUCAUUUGUCGCAAGUGCGCUUCGAAGCAGAUUGCAAAUGUGAGCUGUCGUAAAAGUUCCUGCUUGUUUAUAGUGUGAGGAUGUGUAUGAUCUCCUCUUAGUGUUGUCAUGACUGAAAACAGAAACUUUGUGGCAUUCCCGAAAGUGUCUGAAAGCGUGUGCGUGUGCGUGUGCGUGUGCGUGUGCGUGUGUGUGUGCGUGUGUGCGUGUGUGUGUGUGGUUUUGUUUGCUUGUCUCCAGCGUGUUCAGAACAUUCCAGCUGUGAUAAUCAGGGGACGUGAGGAUGUAUUUCAUGCUGCGAUCCAAAGCGAUGAAUGAGGAUCUACUGUAGAACGCUAUUAUCACCUCUACCAAGGAGGUCAUGUUUCUAUUUUGUGUUCUUUUAUCGUGCUGUUGGAUCACAUUUAGCAAGGUGCAACCUUGAGAUCACUGCUGGAUUAAAUGGGUUGCUUGACGAGAUAAAAGGGAUCUUAAUAAAACGUGCAUCUGUGCUGGAGUCAUGCAACGCUGCGACACUUGAAGAGCACUUCUUCCUUGAUCAAUGAGCAAAUCUUUUAAAGCAUCUUGUAUUCACUCCAACACAACUGUAACAAGUCACAUUCAUAAAAAUGUGUCUGACCCGCAUGAAGUCACUCUGGGUUAUUUAUUGAUGUUUCUUUGGAAAGAAAGUAUUAACCAACACUGAUAAUUGGAGGAUGUCAGUCAUGGAAAGAUAAGAUGUCAUGUACUGAGGGUAUGUGUUACUGUAACAUGUUCUAUGUUUCACUGUAAGGUUGGAAGGAGAGAAAACUUUUGUAUUUCAAUCAGUUUGAGUAUGUGUGCUGUAUUGACAAUAAAAGGGAUUUC